UAGCGUUUGUGUAUUGUAAGUCUCGUAAUAUGUCAGUGUUUCUUACGUACCAGGGCGCGUCGUUGGCCGUGCGGAGGGAGCCAAGAAACGAAGUGGUAAAAUAAAUACAGCCAUUGAAAUGUAUUUUGACCAUAGAAAAACCACAGCUCAUUAAGCUGUGGAGAAACUAUUUUUCUUAUGACUUUGACAUUUGUCAUUUGACAAAAUGUUUGUAUUGUUUACAUAUUGCAAUUGUAUUUUAUUUUCAAAUAAUUUAAUCAUACAUUUUUAUUCUCUUAUUACAUAAGUUUAAUAUUUAUAAUUUAACAAUGAAUGUCUUGGAAUUAUAUAGUGGUAUUGGUGGCAUGCACUUAUCGCUGAAUGAUAGUGGUAUUAAAGGGAAGAUUAUAGCUUCUAUAGAAAUUAAUAACAUUGCCAAUGAUGUCUACAAGCAUAAUUUUCCAGACACAAAAUUGCUGAAUUUGAAUAUAGAAGGUAUAUCUUCUGACCGAAUUAAUAACAUGGAUGUCGAUACGAUUCUAAUGUCUCCUCCUUGUCAACCAUUUACUCGAAACGGUUUGCAGAAUGAUAUGAAAGAUCCAAGAACAGCUUCAUUUCUACAUAUAUUAAAAAUAUUACCGAAUUUAAAAAACAUCACAAAAAUUUUAAUAGAAAAUGUUAAGGGUUUUGAAAAAUCAGAUACAAGAAAUAUAUUGAUAGAAACGUUGAAGAGAUCCAAAUUUUCAUAUCAGGAAUUUAUUUUAAGCCCACACCAAGUUGGAAUUCCAAAUUCACGUCAUAGGUAUUAUUGUGUAGCAAAGAAACAUCAAGAAUUGUUGUCUUUCCAGGUUGAUGAAAUUAAACUUUGCUUCUGAAACGUUUAGGUGUAUUAGAUAUAUGUUAUUCAGAUUCUAGAAGAUCUUGCUGCUUUACGAAGGCAUAUGGACGAUAUUUAGAAGGAACUGGCAGU